AUGGGUUACAAUUUCUUCAUCAACUUAUGUCUCAUUUUAUCAUGUAUCUAUGGAUUAUCCAAUGAAUUAUAUCUUGGUAUUAAUGAUAUUCAUGAAAUAGUUAGUACGAAUGUAUCUAGUAAUCUAACCAAUGGAUAUCAACAUCAAAUGAUUUUACAAGAAGUAAAGAACUUAUUCGAACAAUAUCCAUGGAAAAUCAUUAAAAAAGGAAAUGAUCACCAUCGAAAGACAUCUGAUAUUCAUUCUCUCCGUAUCGAUAUACAAGUAUUACAAAGAAUAAUCAAAGAUCAACGUAUGAUGAUUAGUGAUUUAAUUGAUUAUAUAAAUAAUAAUUCUGCUAAUGUAACAUUUAUUACUGAUGCUAUUCAUAAUCAUCAUUCACAAGCACGUCGAAUCUUAACAACUUGGCGUAAUCUGAUAGAUUUGUUUCUUAUUAGUAUAUUUAUUGGAUAUAUUAUUUAUUUACAUUUGUACCGUGUCGGUUUCAAUCCAUGUAUUCUUUUCUUAUCAUAUUUUUCGAAACGUUCUAUUGGUCAUCCUCACCAACGACAAGAACUUCAAGAACAAGAAUUAGGACAAACUCACGCAUUGCAUGGAAAGAAAGAACCUUAUGCAUCAGUUAUAUCAAUUGCAGGUGGUACGUUUUAA